CAAAGUGUUUUCACUCUACCUGCAGUGAAAAAAAUGAUUUUUGUUGAUCCACCCCACUGAAAUGUACCAUUGUGCUUCCUCCAAACUGUGGAUGUUGAAAAAAAUUGGCUGUGGCGGCAGCACCACGCUGAAGUAGUAGUUGGAACAACAAUAAUGUAAUAUCAUUUGCUGGAAUAAGCAUUAUUUUAUCAGUCAUCAUUGCAUCUGAAUUCCAGUAGAGAAUUCUAAAAAUGCCCUUGAAAGGGAUUAAGGUAUUAGAAUUAGCUGGGCUGGCCCCGGUGCCUUUUUGUGGUAUGAUUUUGUCAGAUUUUGGUGCAUCAGUAAUCCGGGUUGACAAGGCCUCUGGAAACACAGGAAUGGCGAUAGAUUUUUUGGCAAAUGGAAAACGGUCAAUUGGAUUAAACAUCAAACAAAAGGAGGGUGCUGAUGUACUGAAAAGACUAAGUGAUCAAAGCGAUGUACUUAUUGAUCCUUACAGACCAGGUGUAUUGGAAAAGCUAGGACUAGGACCAGAGAUUCUAAUGAAAAGCAACAGUCGUUUAAUCUAUGCAAGACUUACUGGAUUUGGUCAGAGUGGUCCAUAUUCUAGCAUGGCUGGACACGAUAUCAAUUAUGUGGCAAUAUCUGGCCUACUUUCACUUUUUGGCAGGCAUGAGCAAAAACCGACACCACCCAUAAAUCUUGCUGCAGACUUUGGAGGCGGUGGUUUAAUAUGUGCAUUAGGUAUAGUUAUGGCGCUAUUCGAACGUUCACAAAGUAACAUGGGCCAAGUAAUCGAUACUUCCAUGGUUGAGGGUGCAGCAUACUUGGGGAGCUGGCUAUAUCGCUCACAAGUGAUGGAAGGCCUGUGGGGAGAACCUCGAGGGAAAAACUUACUGGACAGUGGAGCAUAUUUUUAUGACACUUAUGAAACAAAAGAUGCAAAAUUUAUGGCUGUUGGGGCUAUAGAGCCCCAGUUUUUCCAAACUUUGCUGGAAAAACUUGGCCUUGAAGAUUCCAAUCUACAUCAAUUCGAAGAUCGUGAAGAAGGUCGUGCAAAACUAACCGAUAUUUUUAGACAGAAGACUCAGAACGAAUGGUGCGCGAUAUUUGAUGGAACAGACGCAUGUGUCACUCCUGUGUUAAGCUUGAACUCUGCACCUGCUCACCCGCAUAAUGUAGCUAGGAAUAGUUUCACGAACUGUGAAUCUGACCAUCCUUUUCCAUCCCCUGCUCCUAAGCUGUCAAGAACCCCUGGAUUUGCACGUGGCGUAGAAAAGCCUGGUCCUGAUGCAGGUGAAAAUAGUGUUGAUAUUCUACUUGAACAUGGAUUCAAUUCGAAAGAAAUUCAAGGAUUCAUUGACCGAGGUACAGUUUACCAGAAUGGCUUAUCUAGCAAGCUCUAAUUCUUUGUAUCCAUGAUAUAUGAUUUUCAAUAUCAAGAGACUCUGUAGAGUACAUUAAAAAGUACGAGAUGACACCCUUCUGUGGAACUUUGCAGGAUCAAAUUGACUACGACUUACAAUGACGAUAAGAAUUUGACUGAGUCCUACCAUAUCCUACAUUUGAUUGUUUUUUUUACAUCUGGAGAUGAAUAGUCUGUCUCCUCCAUUUAACUGAUUUAAUAUAUUUACGAGAAAUCCGGUUUGACGGGUAAGGUGAAAAGGGGUAGCAAUUGAAAAUGUAGUUCAUUUUGGUGGUUUAUAUUUCAGAUUAGUCAAUAAAACACCUACUACAUUGUUGAA